CCCGUCUGGUCCCCCGGGAUCAUCUACUACGUGGCCGUGGUGCAGCAGUCCCCCUACGUCGUCUUCUCCGCGCUGCAGUCCGACCGCCGCCUCGGCAGCAGCUUCCACGUGCCCGCGGCGUCCUUCACCGUCUUCGCCAUGCUCGCGCAGACGCUCUGGAUCCCCAUCUACGACCGCCUCCUCGUGCCGCGCCUCCGCAAGGUGACCGGCAAGGACGAGGGCUUCACGCUGCUCCAGCGCCAGGGCAUCGGGAUCGCGCUCUCCACCGUGGCCAUGAUCAUCUCCGCCGUCGUCGAGGACCGGCGCAGGGACAUCGCGCUCAACCAGCCCAACAUCGGCACCACGCAGACCGGCGGCGGCAUCUCCGCCAUGUCCAGCUUCUGGAUGGUGCCGCAGCUCAUGAUCCUCGGCCUCUCCGAGGCCUUCAACCUCAUCAGCCAGAUCGAGUUCUACUACAAGGAGAUCCCGGAGCACAUGAGGAGCGUCGCCGGCGCGCUCGCCUUCUGCAACCUCGCGCUCGGGAACUACCUCAGCGGCUUCCUGACGACGAUCGUGCACCGGACCACGGGGGGCGGCCAGAACUGGCUGGCGCAGGACCUCAACAAGGGCAGGCUCGACCUCUUCUACUGGAUGAUCGCCGGCAUCGGCGUCUUCAACUUCGUCUACUUCAUGAUCUGUGCCAGGUGGUACAGGUUCAAGGGGACCAGAGAUGCUUGAUGCAAUGGGGAAGAAGGGGGUAGAAUAAGGUCAGGUGAUUAACUCACGUGUCUUAUACCACAGUAGCUAUUUCCCUUUUUGUCUUCUUAUAAUUAUUUGGUUCUGGUGUUACGAAAUCAAUCAAUCUAUAUUCUAUAGAUGAAGUGGGUGGGGAAAGAGAGGAAGAAAGGUAAGUUGUUAAAAUGAAAGAAACAACAAUGGGGUGGUUAAUUUCUUGUAAGUUGUUAAAAUGAAAGAUGAACGAUUUCACUGUA